CUCUGUCACUCAGGGAAGCUGAACUGAGCAUAGAGGUGUUGUGAAGCUUGAAGCAAAGAAGAAAAUGGCGGUAACACUCAACAGCGGCUUCAAGAUGCCUAUCAUUGGACUUGGUGUGUGGCGCAUGGAAUCUCAACAAGUCAAGGAUCUCAUCCAUAAUUCCAUUAAAAUUGGUUAUCGCCACUUUGAUUGUGCUGCUGAUUACAAGAACGAAGCAGAGGUUGGAGUGGCGCUUAAAGAGGCCUUUACUAGUGGUCUUGUUAAGAGGGAGGACCUUUUCAUUACCACCAAGCUUUGGAAUUCUGAUCAUGGGCAUGUUAUUGAGGCCUGCAAGGACAGUCUCAAGAAGCUUCAAUUGGAUUAUCUGGAUUUGUAUCUGGUUCACUUCCCUGUUGCUACAAGGCACACUGGUGUUGGUACAACUGAUAGUGCUUUGGGUGAGGAUGGGGUGUUGGACAUAGAUACCACUAUAUCCCUGGAAACUACCUGGCGUGCUAUGGAAGAUCUUGUUUCGAUGGGCUUGGUUCGUAGCAUUGGAAUCAGCAAUUAUGAUAUCUUCUUAACUAGAGAUUGUUUAGCAUAUUCCAAGAUAAAGCCUGCUGUGAAUCAGAUUGAAACCCACCCAUACUUCCAGCGUGAUUCGCUCGUCAAGUUUUGCCAGAAGCACGGGGUUUGUGUCACAGCCCAUACUCCUCUUGGAGGUGCUGCGGCUAAUACAGAAUGGUUUGGUACAGUUUCAUGUUUAGAUGACCAAGUUCUAAAGGGUCUGGCUGAAAAAUACAAAAAGUCUACUGCACAAAUUGCUCUUCGUUGGGGCAUUCAAAGAAACACUGUUGUCAUUCCUAAAUCAUCGAAAUUGGAAAGAUUGAAAGAGAAUUUCCAGGUGUUUGAUUUUGAGCUAUCUAAAGAGGACAUGGAGCUCAUCGGAAGUAUGGACAAGAAAUAUAGAACUAACCAACCAGCCAGGUUUUGGGGAAUCGAUCUUUUUGCUUGAGUCUAUGGUUCCCUUUUUCAGGAUCUUUCUUUCUUUUUUGUUGGCAUGUAUGAUCUUUAAAAUACCCAAAUACAUCACGGUUCUUGAAUCUCUAGAUUUGAAUUAUCAUUAAACUUUGUGAAAGCCAAUCUUUUUAAGCCCCAUUAGAUUUGCUUAUCUGAACUAUGCUUGGUGAUGACUAAAAAAUCAUCUGAGGCAAUAGGUGCCCUAAAUAAGAAUCCAGAAAAUUUUAGUUGCUCAACUUGUUUAUCCAUUUGUUUACUUUACACCUUUCUGGAAAUGUUAUAUUUGAAAAAAAUUUAUAAACGAAUUUCGAUUGUAGAAAUCCCAAUAAUAUUAAAUACAAGCCUUCGUCUAUAAACAAAAUAAGUUCAUACGCACAGGCACAUCUAUGAGAAGUAACGAGUUGCUUUACAUCAAUCUAACAUGAAAAGCAUUGUCUAUUUGUCUCAUAAUCUCAGAGAAUAUAUGGUAUAACAGCAAACCGACUACUUGGAUAAUCUUCAAAUUUCUGAUGAUACCACCUAUGUGUUUCCACUGCUGCAAAUGACAGAUUUGCCAGC